CUAUAGGAGACCCCGAUCAUGUAAACUUGUCUUCUCCAUUUCUUUUAAAGGAGCAUCUGUUCUACUCAUACAGUCGCAGACUUCGUGUCGUACCAGCACAUUAUCUGACAAAGUUCAUCAGACUAAGGAAGGUCCUCUAAUUGUUAUGUCCCCUCGACUAUAGUCUCCCCUGGUAUCUCGGUGCAAAGAACAAUGCUUCUCUCCGUGGAAUCCCUGACAGUCUUUUUAGCCUUCUUUUCAGCCAGUUAUGGCCUCCAACCCUCGCAGAUAAUCCCAGACACUCCUCUGUCGUCUCUGAUCGCAUCGGCGAAAACCUACCUCGCUGCUGGUUCGCCCCGCGAUGCGUUGGUUUACUUUGAUGCGGCUGUGUCGAGAGAUCCCACAAAUUAUAUCACCAUCUUCCAGCGAGGUGCCGCUUAUUUGUCACUGGGUAAAAGCUCACAGGCAUUCGAUGACUUCGACCGGGUUCUCCAACUAAAACCGGACUUUGAGAAUGCCCUCCUACAGCGAGCUCGCCUUCGAGCUAAUACUGCUGAUUGGGAAGGCGCAUUGGAGGAUCUUGAAAAGGCCGGCAAGAAGACAUCCUCAGAAUACACUGAACUUCAAGAGGCACGCGAUGCUGCAGCGCAUGCACGGGAUGCAGAACAACAUGGUGUCUGGGAAGCCUGCGUAAAUUACGCGAAUGUGGCCGUUCUCAAAGCGGGCUCAUCAUUAGCUCUGCGACAAACUCGAGCACAUUGCCGCUUUGAAAAGGGCGACAUAGAGGAAGGAAUUAACGACCUGGCCCAUGUCCUGCAUAUCUCCCCCAGUCUAGUGGAACCAUAUUUACAGAUGUCUUACAUGCUAUUUUAUUCUCUGGGAGACCAGGAGCGGGGUAUCUCACAAAUUCGGAAGUGUUUACAUUUCGAUCCCGAUUCAAAGCCGUGCAACCGCCUCUAUCGGAAGGAGAAGAAACUUCUCAAGCAGUUACAGAAACUACAAGAUGUGAUUGACUCGCGAAAGUUCACCAAUGCCAUCAACUUGCUUGUGGGGGUAGGUGAUGAAAGGGGGCUUCUUGAUGAUGUGACAGGCGAUGUAAAGGAGGCGAAGGAAGCAGGCCGCAUCCACCCUGCGGCCCCCAGCAAUCUUCAUGGCUUACUGGUGGAGCGGACCUGCGAAGCUUAUCGUGAGGCACAUAUGCCCAAGCGAGCUUCUCCGUACUGUUCUAAGGCUCUCGAAGUGAACCCCUCCUCUCUACCGGCGCUGCUCUUCAAGAGUGAAACAGCUCUUGAUGAAGAGCGUUUUGACGACGCUAUAAACAUGCUAAAUACAGCCAAAGAGCACCAUCCUGGCUCCAAAGAUGUGCAAUCACUUUUACAAAAAGCGCACAUCCUACUGAAGCGUUCUAAGCACAAGGACUACUACAAAGUCUUAGGUGUCAGCCGUGAUGCUGAUGACCGGACAAUUAAAAGAGCAUACCGCCAGCUCACUAAACAACAUCACCCUGAUAAAGCCAAGUCCCAAGGUGUCACAAAAGAGGAAGCUGAAAAGAAGAUGGCCAAUAUCAAUGAAGCGUAUGAAGUGCUUUCUGACCCCGAACUCAAAGCACGUUAUGACAGUGGCGAUGACCCCAAUGACCAUGAAUCGCAAAGAGGCAACCCGUUUCAAGGAAGUCCAUUCGGGCCUGGAGGUGGUCAACACUUCUUUUUUCAACAGGGCGGACCACAGUUCUCGGGUCAAGGAUUCAAGUUCUCGGGUCAAGGGUUCAACUUCCCGGGUGGUUUCCCUUUCCGCUGAUCUUCGUGCUUACUCCUGUAUUCCUCAGGGGGGUUAUUUACAUAUUUUCUUACUUUGCUACUUGAAACAAUCCUAUUAUGAUUGGUUUAAUUUUUCAAGAACACAAUACUUGCUU